GAGGAACGCUGCUGGUGUCCCCCUUUUGGGUCUUCAUGGGUCCCCUGGCACCACCCAGUGGAGACUGCUGUCUCCCCACUGCAGCCUCUCCUUGCCCCCUCAUGCCUCUCCCCCAUUUUCCCCCAGGCAGUGGGGUGGGGGGCGUUAAGCAGCUGUUGCCCAGAGAUGGACAAACUGUGGCACAAACUAGCCCACCCAAUCGCAUUUAACGUGUGUCCUACCCUGGACACCUGGAUCCCUCCCGGAUGCCUGGGUCCUUUUCCCCUCUGCAGACAUGGACGAGGAUUUCCGGCAGUACCUGUGUGACUAUGUCACCAGUGUGGUGCACUCAGCAGGGACACACGUCCGGACGAACCAAGCCGGGCAGGUGCCGACGGGGGCUCAGCUGGCUGCCAGGAUCAAGGGCGUCUCCCGAUAUCGAAAGACCCAACGCUACGACUUCUCCUCACCCAUGAAGAUGGCUGAGGCGUUUGCAGUGAUGAGACAGGAGUUAAACAGGAGAGCAGUAGAAGCCACCAGGAGGGAAUAUGACCAAUUUGUGCAGGAGCUGGACCGUGAUCACCAGAGCACGAGCAGCUGCCUGAGGGUGAAGCCCGUGGAGAUGCAGCGACGCCUGGAGGGGAAACGCCAGGAGCUGCUGGAGCGCUGCCAGGCGGAGCUGCGGGGCGAGGACCCCCAGAAACAGGCAGCCCUGGAGGAGCUGAAGCAGGAGCUGGACAAGCAGAUGGACCAGUUCCUGUCGGCCUACGGGCAGCACUUUAAAGUGAAGAAGGCCGAGUGGUUGGGCCUGUACAUUGGGCCAUCGCCAGGUGCCACCGCGCGCUGGGCACGGGCUCGCCCCCACUGGCCCGCGCACCUGCCAAUCAGCAAACGGCUCCGGCCCAUUGGCUGCCUCUUCAGGAGGUGGGACGGGAGAAGAAAGAGAUGCUGGGACUUGUAGUUUUAUGUACCCAG